CGGGCAGGAUCGGACCAGGGAAUCACCAAGGAUCAUACGUAUAUAACCAGAGGUAGAGAGCAAAUAUAUCCCAGCGAAAUUCCCUCGAGCCGGUCUCUUCUCUCAUUCAUCAAGACGAUCCCGCUCCGACACCUCAACACCGGCAGAGCCGACCUCACAUCACAAACGCUCAUUCGCACAUCACACUCUUUUUAAUUCUCCGAUCAACGUCCCAAUCUCGAAAUCAUGAAGAUCGUCGCACUCCUCUCAGCUCUGGCUGCCUACACCGCUUCCGUCGAGGCCUUCUUCAUCCUCACUCAUCCCAUCUUGGAGGUGACCCGGUUGGACCCUAUCAUCAACCCCGGUGAAGUGUCUUCCCACAUGCACACCAUCAUCGGAGGAUCCAACUUUGACAAGACGGUCGACUACGCUUCCACCCAACAGGGGAAAUGCACGACCGCCCCGAUCUCGAUCGACAAGUCGUCCUAUUGGACCCCUCAAUUGUACAGCUAUUCGGAGGGAAAGUACACUAUGAUCCCGGCUAGCUACGUCAACACGUAUUACUUGCCCCGAUCAAAGAAACUCCCCGUCGCCUUCCCCGAAGGUCUUCGGAUGGUUUCCGGAGAUCCCUACAGGAGGACGUUCGACCCGAAGAACCCGGACCAUCAGGCUAUUUCUUUCGUCUGUUUGACUGGGCAGAGUCAUUCUGGUGACGCGCGGUACAACCAGAGGAACUCGUUCUUCGAGGUUCCCUGUGAUGCCAUGAGGAUGCAAGUCAACUUCAGGCAAUGCGGUAACGGACAGCUAGACAGCCCGGAUCAUAAGUCACACAUGGCCUGGGCUUCUGGCGGUCUGGACGGAGGAGACUGCCCCGACACUCACCCUAUCGCCUACCCCGAGUUGUUCUACGAGUUCGUCUACCCUGUCGGACAGUUCCCCUUCAACACCACCGCUGGAGCUAUCAAUUGGGUCUUGGCUAACGGUGAUACUACCGGAUACGGGUUCCAUGGAGACUUUAUCUCUGGUUGGCCUCAUGACGAUGGUAACGGUGUCAAUGUCCUCGAGUCUGCUAUCCAGACUUGCAACGGUGAUACCGGUUUGGGUAUCGGAGGAGUCUUGGACGACUGCCCGGCCUUCUUGCCGCACAUCAACAACGCCGCUGCCCAGGCCUGCAUUCCCGAGAACCCCCUCGUCAGCGAGAACAUUGGCGACCACGGACCCCUCGACCGUCUUCCCGGCAACAACCCGCUCUGGGUCGGAACCGGUCCCAAGCCCAGCUUCUCCGAUUACACCGAGAGUGCCGGGUUCGUUGAUGUUCAAGAGACCUUGACUACCGGAUGGUCAGACCUCGGCUGUUUCGCCGAACCCAAGGGGAGCCGUGCGCUUACCGCCGCUUCCACGACUUCGGACUCUAUGACCAGGAACACCUGUAUCGCCUUCUGUGCUGGCAAGGGCUUGCAAUACGCUGCCGUCGAAUAUGGAAGGGAGUGUUACUGCGACUCUCAGCUGAGGAAUGGCGCCACCUUGAACGCUACUCUCGACUGGUACAAGUGCAACAUGAAGUGCUCGGCUAGCGAAUACGAGACUUGCGGAGGUUCGGCCACCUACGAGCUCUUCAACAACCCCGACCUCGCGCCCGCUGCUAUUUCUACCCAAUUGCCUUCCGGUUGGCAAGAUGCUGGAUGCAGGGCCGAAGGUGCUGGUGGACGAGCGCUUGUUGGAUAUGCGACCUCUGGGAAGAACAUGACCGUCAAGACCUGUGUCGAGACUUGCGCUGGGCGCGGGUACUCUAUCGCUGGUGUCGAAUACGGUCAAGAAUGCUACUGCGCCAACUCGUUCAGCAAUGGCGGCGGCGCCACCGCUUCUGGAUGUACCAUGUCGUGCGCCGGUGAUGUCACCCGAACUUGCGGAGGUUCGAGCCGACUCAACGUCUACAGCAACAACGCCACCAUCUUGGGCGCUCCUGCCGCUGCCAGCAAGAAGAGGUCGGUUGCGCUUCGAGUUUAGAUGGAAGGAGGACGGCAUAUAAGCGGAUGAGAACAUUUUCGAUUUUUUAUCAUUUUAUGCCACUGAGCCUUCUCGAUGUAAUACGAUAUCUGUGACGUCAAAAGAAUAGGAUAUGGAUUCGCAAGA